CUCGAGCCGCCUCCUUCAGGGAGCAGCAGUCCCUAGCCUAGCCGUGGACCUGGUCGGAUUGGAUAGGUUCAGCCAUGGUUUCUCUGGGCCUGGGGGUCGCUCAGGGUCCUGGACGCCGUGCGGGACGCUGAGCGAGUCACAAAAUAGACACCGAGCUCCCGAGUGGCCAGAACGCAAAGGCGAACUGCAAUCGGCGAGCAUGCCAGGCACCGUGAGCCCCUGGCCGUCAUCGUGGGGGCCACGGUCGCUGCUUCUGUUGCUGCUGCUGCUGCUGCUAGCCGGAGCAACGCACACAGCCGGAGCUCUGCCCCGAUUGUGUGAUGUGCUCCGAGUGCUGCAGGAGGAACGGGCCCAGUGCCUGCAGGAACUCUCCACAGAGAAGACAGGAGACCUGGGGCUGGAGACCGUAUCAGGCUGUGAGGGGCUGUGGGACAACAUGAGCUGCUGGCCGUCCGCGGCACCGGCACAGACCGUGGAAGUGCAGUGUCCGAAGUUCCUCCAGAUGCUCUCGGGCAGAAAUGGGUCUCUGUUCAGGAACUGCACACGGGAUGGCUGGUCAGAAACCUUCCCCAGGCCUGACCUGGCCUGUGGGGUCAACAUGAAUGACUCCUCUAAUGAGAAACGGCAUGCAUACCUGCUGAAGCUCAAGGUCAUGUACACUGUCGGCUACAGUUCCUCCUUGGCCAUGCUCCUGGUCGCCCUCAGCAUCCUGUGCUCUUUCCGGCGGCUGCACUGUACCCGAAACUACAUCCACAUGCACCUGUUCGUGUCCUUCAUCCUGCGCGCCCUGUCCAACUUCAUCAAGGAUGCUGUCCUCUUCCCCUCCGAUGACGUCACCUACUGUAAUGCCCAUAGGGGGGGCUGUAAGCUGGUCAUGGUCUUCUUCCAGUACUGCAUCAUGGCCAACUACGCGUGGCUGCUGGUGGAGGGUCUCUACCUUCACACGCUCCUCGCCAUCUCCUUCUUCUCAGAAAGGAAGAGCCUGCAGCUGUUUGUGCUCCUCGGAUGGGGUUCUCCGGCCAUUUUUGUUGCUGCAUGGGCUAUCACCAAGCACUUUCUAGAAGACAUCGGAUGCUGGGACAUCAACUUCAACACUUACAUCUGGUGGCUUAUUCGAGGGCCUGUGAUUCUGUCCAUCCUGAUCAAUUUCAUCUUUUUUAUAAACAUUCUAAGAAUCCUGAUGAGAAAACUCAGAAGCCAAGAAACAAGAGGAAAUGAAGUGAACCAGUAUAAGCGCCUGGCCAAGUCCACCCUCCUGCUGAUCCCCCUCUUCGGCAUCCACUACAUUGUCUUCGCCUUCUCCACAGAGGACGCCAUGGAGGUCCGGCUGUUCUUUGAAUUGGCCCUGGGUUCCUUCCAGAUAGGAUCUCCCUGGAGCCUGGAACUUCCCAAGUAGGCUAGACCACGCUAGCUGGCCGGCCAGCCCAAUCACUGUCUCCGGGUGUGCCACACAGCAGAUACUUUAGAUGGGUUCUGGGUUGGAACUCAGGGCCUGGUGCUUGCCCAUUGGGCAGUCUUCUUAGCCCCUGGUUGUUGGGGUUUUCACCAGAAUCAUUUGACAGGGGGCGGGGGAGGUCACCUACCUCUAAUUCACCAAGAUGUUGUGAAGUUAGGACGGCAAUAACAAAAAAGGGUGAGAAGAUUGCCUAAUUGGAGUCUCAAGCCUCACAUUGUUACUUUAUUUUUUUGCGUGUAGCCAUUUCUUUCCAAAAAUAACAUAAAGUCACUUUCAGCAACAACAAAAGGAGAAAAAAUAUGUAGAUGACUUAUCAGUGGAAAAAAAUAUAAACCUGGUGUGGUAGUGUACUUUGUAAUCCAAGUACUUGGAAGGAGGUGGGAGUCAAGGUCAUCCUUCACUGCAGAGCAAGUUUGAGGUCAGCCUGGGUUUGGAGCUUUCCAGAAGCCGAAAGAACAGUUUGUUUCCAGACUUACAGUAUCCCUUAGACGAAGGCAGCGGACCUGGCCUGUGCCUUACGGGUAGAGCGUUUGCCCUGCGUGCCUGAGACCCUGGGUUCCACCCCCAGGACAAUCUGUGCAUGCGUGUGUUCACACAUGUAUGCAGACAGAGACAUACAUAUACACACAUGCCAACACACACACACACACACACACGCACACGCACACGCACACGCGCACACGCACACACUAAUGAAAGCAAGCCUAUUGCCCCCCACCAAAAGGCUUGUGAUCAUGCUAUAAGGCCUGAGGACAUCUACCCCCCAAGCCCCACCCCAUCCCCGUCGGUUUCCCUUGCUAACAUUCCCACAGGCAGCGAGACUCUAGCAGAGCCCUCCCAAUGGAGAGGGGAGCCCUCCUCAGAGUGAGGUCUCCACUCUUCCUUCAUCCCUUGGAUUCUGCUCCCGGUAGGCAGAGCUCUGGGUUCCAGGGAAGACUCUUCACUGGGGACACAGAUCUUGACCUCUCUCCUAUUUCAAACCCAGCCCCAGGCUGUCCCUUGUGCCCUUCUCUGAGAAGCUUCCCUGACCAGAGCCUCUGCCAGCACCCCGUUCCUACUGCACACGUAACAGUGGGUUCACCAUGACCCAUCCCGUCAGGGGCUCUGAGGUCCAGGCUGUUGGAAGUAUUUGGCUGGACCACCAAAGUGGGUAGUGAUCGUUCAGAGAGCUUGGGGUCUCCAGAACGGCUCUACAUGUAGAUAGGGACUUCCUGUUCCCAGAACUGGGAAGAUAAGAUUAAAAAACAAACAAACAAACAAAAAACAAAAACAGGAACGCUUUCCUCAUGUCCCAUGGACUUGCUUAUAAAUGAAAAGGUCAUUAAAAAUGUACAAAUAUCUGGGCUAUUUAUACCCCCAGCCCUU